CGAACCCCUCACGGCGGCGGGCCCUCGGCGCCGGGACGAGCCCCUCGCCCCCCGGCCCGGGCGGCGCCCCGGCUGCGCAUCCUCCGGCCGGUGCCCCCCGCCCCGGCGGGGGUUGCGUGUUCCCCCCCGCGGUCCCCCGGUUAUUGCAUCACCCCCAGCCCCUCGCCGGGCCCGGGGGGGCGGGCGCAGGGGCAGGCCCAGCGCAGGCUCCGAGCCAUUGGCAGCCGGCGGCGGGGCGGAGGCGGGCGGCGGGCGGCGGGCGGCGGGCUGGGCACUGCGCGGCGCGGUGCGGAGCGGUGCGGAGCGGAGCGGAGGCGGCGGCAGCAGCACCGGCAUCGGCACCGGGCUUCCCCCCCCCCCCGCCCCUUCCCCCGGCCCGGCCGCCCCCAUGGCCACCAAAAUCGACAAGGAGGCGUGCAGGGAGGCGUACAACCUCGUCAGGGACGAUGCCACCGAGGUGAACUGGGUGACUUUUAAAUGUAUUAUUCCCCUUCUCUUUUCCCCUUCCCAAAGGGUGACUUUUAAAUACAAUGGCUCUACAAUCGUCCCCGGAGACCAAGGGGUAGACUAUGAAACCUUUAAAAGGAAGUGCACAGAUGAUGUUCGAUUGUUUGGCUUUGUCCGAUUCACGACCGGCGAUGCCAUGAGCAAGCGAGUCAAGUUUGCCCUCAUCACUUGGAUUGGAGAGGAUGUCAGUGGCCUGCAGAGAGCCAAAACUGGGACCGACAAGACUCUGGUCAAAGAAGUAGUACAGAACUUUGCCAAAGAAUUUGUGAUCAGUGACCACAAAGAGCUGGAUGAAGAUUACAUCAAGAAUGAGCUGAAGAAAGCAGGGGGGGCUAAUUAUGAUGCACAGACUGAGUAAACCCACGAACCUCCUGGCACCAUCACCUGGAUCUCAAAGGGAGCGGAAAGGCACAACAAAUUAACACAACUGAGAGAUGAGGCAACUGAAAUCCCCAGCUUUCUGUGUGUGCACCUAAGAACUCCCUUCCUUUGCGUACAGCGGACUUUUUUUUUUCCAUUCCAUCUCAUGAAACAUCCCUCUCUGGGGUUCUGGUCCCCCCCGUACACCCCCCUUCCCAUUUUUUUUACUCAUAACUCUGUCCAUGUUCUCUCAUCUGCGGAAUUUAGGUUUGGCUCUGCUUUGCUCCCGUUCAGCAUUGUGUUCGUAGAGGCUUGCCAUUGUGUCCUUCUUCAUAUGCAUGCGUGUCUGUGUGUUUUAGUUGGGCUCAACCUGGUCUCUGAGGGGAGAAAGUUUUGGAGGAGUUCUGAACAUCGAUUAUUUUCGUUUUUUGUUUAAUAUGUUCUCACUGAUAUUCUUGGGAAUAAUGUUUUUUGCUGUUCUAGGCUCAGAUCAACUUGAGUUGACUUCACUCAAACUCUUAAUAAAUUGUCUAAGCUUAAUUGUCCAGCGGAGGUCUUAUCUAACAGCUUAAAAAACAAAGCGAACCAACAAAAAAAAUUCUUUAACUCUUAAUAAAUGGGAAUAAAUUUGCCUUAAACAAUGCUUGACAGUUGCUAUGCUAUGUGCUGCAUCUCGACCCCUCCCUCUUAAAAAUAAGAUCCAACAUGAUCCAAAUGUGGAGGUUUUGUUGUUUUCUGGACGUGUCACGGCACAGUAAAGUGAGGGGCUUAGAAACGGCUGGGCACUUGUUCACUAUUUUGUGUACAUUGGUCUCUGGGUUUGUAUUUGACUUUCCUAAUGCUGGGGCUCAGGAGGUGAAACUGAAAAGCAUAGAUUUUCUUUUUAAAUGAUGUCUCCAAAAAUAGCAGCCGCUGAAUCCUAAUAGCCUUCUCUGCCCAUGCGCCCGCUGGUUUUCUGCAGUUAAACACAACAUCUUUGGUUACGUGGGGCCUUCGGGCAGUGAACCACGCUGCAGCAGAGCCCGAGGGAUGGAGCAGGGCAGCUCCGUCCCAGUCGGGCCGAAACAUUCAACAGCAGAGAUAACCCGGGCACAGUUUGUUUGGUACCAAGCUGUUUGUUUGGGGGGCUUCUUUGUAUGGCUUUCUUUUUCUUUUCCAUCAAAGGUAACUGUCCCCAGAAUUAUGUGUAGGGGGAAACUGUGAUGUACUGGGGCUUGGGAGUCAGCGCUAUAAACCCAUUACAGAAAUAAAUGUUUUUCAAGAACA